AUGAUAAGGUUGAACACAAUAACCAUCAUUUGCCCUGCUCUCAUUCCGCCUGCGAACGAGAUGCCCCUUUUGAUACCUAUUGUUUUUGGGUGA